AUGGAGAGGUUAGGACAUUUGAAAACUUACCAUUUCCCAGCGGCAAAUAAUGAUGAUGAUAACUCUCAGAGUUCAGAUUCAUCUCCAAUAGGUGGAUCUACAACACCUAAUCUUCUUUCUCAAAAUUCAGGUGAACAAGAGAAAUUAAUGUCUAGACCGCCAAGAAGAGUAUCUUCUACUAAUGAAUAUGAUGAUCCUUUCUCUAAUGCUGAAAUAUACUAUGGACCAGAGACUGACCCUAGAAAGGCUACCACUAAAUAUCAGAAGCAAGGUAAAAAAUUAAAUAGAACAAGAACAAUGAGUGUCUUUGGUAAUAUAUCUACAUCAAGACAAACUACAAUAGAGGAUCAUUAUUUAAAGAGACGUGGUUCAGAAGACGAUACUUAUUUAAGUAGUAAAGGAAAUCGUAGAUUUUUCAUUGAAAAUGUAGAUUCUACUUUAGAAGAAUUACUUAGAAAUGAAGAUACCGAUAGAAAUUAUCAAAUUACUAUAGAAGAUAAAGGUCCAAAAGUUAUUAAAGUCGGUACUGCAAAUUCUUUCGGGUUUAAUCAUAUUAGUAUUAGAGGUACAUACAUGCUUUCUAACUUAUUACAAGAAUUGACUAUUGCAAAAAGUUUUGGAAGACAUCAAAUAUUUUUAGACGAAGCAAGAAUUAAUGAGGACCCAGUUAAUAGGUUAUCCCGGUUGAUUACUAACCAAUUCUGGAACAGUUUAACAAGAAGAAUUGAUUUAUAUAACAUUGGUGACAUGGCUAGUGAUGGUAAGAUAGAUACUCCGGAGGCAAAGAACCCUAGAGUAUACGUUCCACAUAAUUGUCCGGAACAAUAUGCAUUUUAUAUUCAAGCAGCCCAAAUGAACCCUUCUUUAAAACUAGAAGUCGAAUAUUUACCAGAAGCUAUAUCUCCAGAGUAUGUCAAAUCAUUAAACAGAACACCAGGUUUGUUAGCUCUUGCAAUGGAAGAACAUGUUAACCCUUCAACUGGUGAAGCAUCCUUAAUAGGUUAUCCAUAUGCUGUACCUGGUGGUAGGUUUAACGAAUUAUAUGGUUGGGAUUCCUACAUGAUUGCUUUAGGUCUAUUGGAAGGUAAUAAAGUUGAUGUUGCAAAAGGUAUGGUAGAACAUUUCAUCUUUGAAAUUAAACAUUAUGGUAAAAUUUUAAAUGCAAACAGAAGUUACUAUCUUUGUAGAUCACAACCACCAUUCUUAACAGAUAUGGCAAAUAUUGUUUUUGACAGGAUUGGAGGGCAUAAUAACCCAAGCGCAAUUAAUUUCAUAAAGAGAGCGUUUGUAUCUGCCAUUAAAGAAUAUAAAUCAGUUUGGACUUCACAACCAAGAUUAGAUCCAGAAACUGGUCUCUCUUGUUACCAUCCAGAUGGUAUUGGUAUCCCACCAGAAACUGAGCCUGAUCACUUUGAUACUAUCUUAUAUCCUUAUACCAAAAAAUAUAAAUGCACAAUGGAAGAAUUUAGAAAGAUGUACAACGAUGGAGAUGUGAAAGAACCAGCACUAGAUGAAUUUUUCCUUCAUGACCGUGCAGUGAGAGAAUCAGGUCAUGAUACAACAUACAGAUUUGAAGGUGUCUGUGCUUAUUUAGCUACAAUCGAUUUGAAUUCUCUACUUUACAAAUAUGAGACUGAUAUUGCAGAUGCAAUCGAAAAAUAUUUUGGUGAUAAGUUUGUUGAUCCGAAUGAUUUUUCAGUGACAACAUCUGCUGAUUGGAGAAAACUAGCCAACGAAAGAAAGGAAAGAGUUAAUAAAUAUAUGUGGGAUGAAGAUUCUGGUUUCUUUUUUGAUUACAACGUACACAUUAAGAAAAGAACCUCGUAUGAAUCUGCAACAACUUUCUGGGCUUUGUGGUCUGGAUUAGCCACUCCGCAUCAAGCUCAAGUUAUGAUAGAAAAAGCUCUUCCAAAAUUAGAAGUCUUGGGUGGCCUUGUGUGUUGCACAGAGAGAUCGAGAGGUCCAAUUUCAAUCAAUAGACCUGUAAGACAAUGGGAUUACCCAUUCGGCUGGGCACCUCAUCAGAUACUGGCAUGGAAGGGUCUUGAGGAUUAUGGUUACAAAGGUAUUGCUAGGAGGUUGUCAUAUCGUUGGUUGUUCAUGAUGACAAAGGCAUUUGUUGAUUUUAAUGGUAUUGUUGUAGAAAAAUAUAACGUUACAAGUGGUAUUGACCCUCAUCGUGUAGAGGCUGAGUAUGGUAAUCAAGGUGCAGAUUUUAAGGGGGUUGCAAAGGAAGGUUUUGGUUGGGUUAAUUCAAGUUACUUAUUGGGACUCAAAUAUAUGGAUAGUCAUGCGAGAAGAGCUUUAGGUACUUGCAUUCCACCUGAUCCAUUCUUCAAAAACUUAAGACCAGAUCAAAUGAAAAUUUAUGAUUUGUAG